AUGCCCAAAGCCACGUCAGACGACAUCGAAAGCACUGAAGAGAUGCUCGCAACAAGAGCGACCACCACUAUACGCAAGUCUUCUCAGACCGUGACCAAGGUGUCCACCCUCUCAGAAAUGUGGUUGAAGAAGCCGUCGAUUAGCACGUCUGCCAAAGCGAAGGCUUCCGCCAAGAAAGCCACAGCUGACGCAAAGGAGGAACCAGAGGCAAGCUCUUCUAAAGCGCGAACGACAGCAGCCGCGGAGGUCGCUCUGCAGGAGAAGGCAAUGACUCAGGGUAUUUUGGAUACCCUUGAGACCGACACCAUGGGCGAAUCGUGGCUGGAAGUCCUCAAACCUGAGUUCAAGAAGCCUUAUUUUACGCAGCUCAAGAAGUUUUUGACGGCUGAAAACGCGUCCCAAACUAUAUACCCCCCAGCCGCCAACAUCUACUCAUGGUCGAGAUUGACUCCCUUGGACCAAGUGAAAGUUAUUAUCCUAGGACAAGAUCCAUAUCAUAAUCAAGGACAAGCUCAUGGUCUUUCCUUCUCUGUGCUCCCGCCAAUGAAGCCUCCUGGGUCGCUAAAAAAUAUCUACAAGCAACUCGAAACAGAUAUUCCUACUUUCAAAGCCCCAAAAUCCGGGGAUCUUUCGCCAAUAGCCAAGCAAGGCGUCUUGUGGCUCAAUACCAGUCUAACAGUACGAGCACACAAAGCCGGCUCCCAUUCUCGUAAGGGCUGGGAGACGUUCACAGCUCAAGUUAUUCGCGCCGUAUUACAGCGAGAAGACGAAGACUCCGGUGUUGUCUUUAUGGCUUGGGGCCUCCCUGCACAGAAGACACUUGCAAGCAUCGGGAUCAACAAGAAGAAGCAUCUCUAUCUCGAGUCUGCCCAUCCAUCACCCUUGUCAGCUCAUAGAGGCUUCUUGGGGAAUGGCCAUUUCCGCAAAGCAAAUGAGUGGCUGGUGCAAAAAUAUGGCAAAGAGGCUGUGAUUGACUGGACGGUCAUCAGUGCGAAGUGA